GGUAUAUGGAGCAUAAAGUACAUAACUCUCAGAGAUAUCUGGCUGGUGUAUUGGGGAAUAAUUUUUGUGUUUUUUAUCGAGGCUGUUUAUUAGGUGAACAUGGUUUUGUUUGUCUGUAGUGGGAUGCUGAUUAAAAAAUCAUCUUUGAGCGCAAUAUUAUUUCAAAUUUGCGGAUCGAGUGACCUGUAGAAAGCCCCGGCGCUUGCUGUCGGUUGCUGCUACCAAAGUAUAAAUGAGUUAUUUCAGUAUCGUCGGGAAGCUGUUCUCAAACGUCAAAGGAUUCUAUCAGGAAAUAAAUGCUGCGACACUUACCGGUGCUAUAGACACCAUAAUCAUCGAGCAGGAGGAUGGCACGUUCAAAUCAUCGCCGUUUCACGUGCGGUUUGGCAAGCUUGGUGUGUUGCGAUCCAGAGAGAAAGUGGUUGACAUAGAGAUCAAUGGGGAGCCAGUGGAUAUACAGAUGAAGCUUGGGGACUCUGGGGAGGCGUUCUUUGUAGAGGAACUGGAUGAGGAAGAGGAGAUUCCUGAUUACCUGGCCACGUCCCCAUUCCCAUAUGACCCUGAUCUCAUGAAGAAGGGUGUUGAGCGCCUUAAAAAGGAGGCUGAGAAAGCCAACAAUGAGGUCAGCAAAGGUCAAGGGCAAUCUGGGGAGGUCAAUGUCACUAUAAGUCAAGAGGUCAAAAGUGACGAGGUCAAGGAAGAGUUGAGUGUUGACAAUCCAAACAAAAAGACAGAGGCUCACAUUGAAAAUGAUAAACUAAUUAAAAGUGACAAAAGCGUUUCCACAAAUGGUGACGUGGCGCACUGGAACUCAGGUUCUAUUCUCGUAGAUUCAGUUCGCAGCGAGCAUUCUUGCGAAGGUGACAUUGACAUCAGGAUCCAGAAUGAGAACGGCACUGAAAUCACUAAGAGCAAGAAAAAACGUCUCAGAAAGCGGAAGGCAAAGGGCAAGCAAGAACCAGCCAGUGUGCAACCUCAGCUCGAAAAAGACAAGGGGACAAUUUUUGACAUGGAGGGGUUUUCCACAGAUGAGGAACUGAGCAAAUUGACAGACAACAUGGCGGCUGGUUCCAUGUCGAAGUCGAUAAGUCUACCAGCGGUGGAGGAGAACAAGUUUGAGCGGACCCACGAGUGGGCGUCAGCGCAUGAGAGCUUUGCCUACCUUAACAAUCACCCGUUCAGUGACACUGACCUCUCACCUAUGGGCAGUCCCGCCCACUCGAGACCUGCUUCUCCGAUGAGUGAUACGGAAGUUGAGAGACAGAAGGUGGCAGAGAACAACAAGAAGAUCCUGGUGGGCUCCGAGGAUGACACACUGUGGGAGUGGGGCGACAUGCCCCGCAAGUCUCCCACCAGCCCCGCUGGGACAGCCGCCAGGUCAAAUCUGGGAGAUGACAAAGGUCAGUCCUCCGGGGGGCUUUUUCACUUCAUGCGCAAGACAAAAAACGUGCGGCACAAGCCCGAGGCAGAGGGGAUCUAUCUGGACGACCUGAACCUGCAAGAUAUGGACGAGGAGACUGCAAAACUAUACUUUCCAAAACGGUUUUCCACCACCCACUUCAAAUCCAUCGAAAAGGAGAAAGAUGAAGACGUCGAAUCUGGUCGCGGCGCCUCCCUGCCCCAUUCCCCGCACUCUGUAGAAGGGGCCGUAGGUGGACCCCAGACCACCAUCCUGCAGUCGGACAUUAGGUCACUGGGUCCCUACUCGCUAUCCCUCUGUGGGGGACUGGGCGACCCUGAAGGGGUCACCUUGGAGAAGUUUAUGUCCCAGAUUGUGACCUAUGAUGACUUCUGUCAGAAUCCUGCCAUGCUGGCCAACCCGGAACUGGUUGUGAAGGUGAAGGAGAAAUAUUACAACUGGGCCACAGCUGCUCCCUUGAUUCUGUGCAAGAUCGUCUUCAACAAGCAUAUGCCCGAGUCUUCCAGGGAAGAUCUGGUCAGUCAGCACAUGCCAAAGAAGAAAGAGAAGAAAUCAGGCUGGUUCUCGUCCUGGCGACGACCACAAACCGAGUCAACUUCCACAGCAUCGUUGCCAUCGACGACGACCUCGGCCAUCACCGUGACGACCGGGGAAAUGGAGGUGAAGGACGUGAAGUCUGCCCAACUGCACCCUGGUGUACAGUCAACAUCAGACACUACUACUCACUCAAGCCCAGCUGUGGAUACUUCACCAUCGAGCCAGUCAAGUGUGACGGAGAGUCCAAAGAAAGUCAAGAAAGAGGACAGGUUGACGGUUGCCGGGGGCGACCACUCGUCCAGUGAAGGGGACACGGAGGGGUCUGACCGGACGACAGAACAAAAGAAAAUCAAACGCCUCACCAAAAUGAAGACAGUGUUCAAAAAGACGUUGCGACUGACCUCUGAUCAGAUUAAACAGUUCAAUUUAAAGAUUGGCCAGAACGAAGUUACAUACUCGGUGACGACGCAGUACCAGGGUACGAAACGAUGUACGUCACAUAUCUACCUCUGGAAACACAAUGACAAGAUCAUCGUGUCCGACAUUGACGGAACCAUUACCAAAUCAGAUGUACUUGGACAGAUCUUGCCGGUUGUCGGACGAGACUGGUCGCAGUCAGGUGUGGCCCAACUCUACAGCCGUAUAGCAGGCAACGGCUACAAGUUUCUAUACCUCUCGGCCCGCGCUAUCGGCCAAUCAAAACUCACCAAGGACUUGCUGCAGAACAUCAAGCAAGGGGAUAGAACUCUGCCAGAGGGGCCACUACUCUUGUCUCCAUGCUCGUUGAUCAGUGCUUUCCACAAGGAGGUGAUUGAAAAGAAACCAGAGGAGUUUAAGAUCAGCUGUCUAUCGGAUGUUGGGUCCUUGUUUCCAAAGAACUACCUUCCUUUCUAUGCAGGAUUCGGAAACAAAAUCAAUGAUGUGAUAGCCUACAAGGAGAUGAGCAUUCCAAUCUUCCGUAUCUUCACCAUCAACCCUCACGGGGAACUCAAGCAUGAGCUGUCCUACACCUUCCAGUCUUCCUACACCAAACUGACGGAUGUAGCCGACCACUUUUUCCCACCUCUCCACAAACCCGGUUCCCGAGUCAGCGAGUACAGCCACGUGCAAUACUGGCGUGACCCUCUCCCAGAGAUUUCAGCGAUUGAGGUCGAGGAGGUGUUGAGUGGCGACGAGUCUUCGUCCGCAGCUCUCUCGGUGAAGAGUUGACAACGGCCGUACAUGACCACUCAACAAAAGAAGCCAAGAACUCGCCACAACAGCUCGCCAGCGGGUUUUGACCAAUCAUAUCGUCACACCAGAUCAGGGCACCUGCUGCCCAGUUGUAACAGUAUUGAUGUCUUUGUAGAUCUGGAAUAUAAUGAUGUGUCUGACUCGUUUGACGAUCUUGGAAUGGAAGGGAAUUUAUCAUCAAACAAGCCAAAGAAAAGUUCAGCGUCUCUGUGGAUGAUGCCUUUUACUAUGAAUAACAUCUUUAACUGAUUUUUGACAGGUUUAACACUAAUGUGGGUUAUGCCUUUUAGUGGUUAAUCAACAUUUUUUGUUAGUAUCAGACUUGAAAUCUAUGUUGUUGUGGCCUUUGGUUUUCACAAUUUAAGUUCCCCAUCACAAAAUAAUGUGCUUAAUUUCAAUUCAGCAGAUAUUAUUGUCAGUUAACGAUGGUUUGAAGUAGUUUAAUAACAUGUUCUAUGAGAUUGAAUUUGUUAAUCCAAUGGGUAAGAAAACCCAUCAACUUACAUACUAGUCCAGAAUAUUAUUUGUCUGAAUAUUGCAUAUUUUCUUGCAGCAUGUAUUGAACCCAAUUCUAUUACCUGAAAAUUAUAUGGACAUUUCUUUAAAAUAAACAAAUGGAGUGUAAGACUAUGAUAGUGCAUUUUAUAAGCUACAAGUGUUGAACAUUUGUGUGAUUAAGUAAAAGUUUCCAAUUUAGGAUUUGAACCAUGUUCUCUUUCCUUGUGUUAGCCCACAUAAUGUGAUACUAUAUUAGCUAUUAAUUAAUUACAAAUAUCUGAAAUUGUAAAACAUGUCAAAGAACUUGUGAUACUAGGUAUGAUGUCUAAUUGAUGCAACAUCGAAGUGAUAUACUUGUACUUGUGAGCACUAAGUGUUUAAUAAGUAUUAUAAUUAGGUUUAAUAAAUUGUAUCUGCUAGUCUGAUAAGUGUAAUGUGAUAAUAUCUAAGUUUCCCAGCUGAAAGGGAGCUGAUGUGAUUAAAAUUAUUCCAAGAGUGUAUAGUGGUUGCUGUUUUUAUAUGAAUUACAGUCUCCAGAACAAAUCCCAAAUACCUGCAUGUAAAUGACCUAUGUUUACACCUAAGAAUUCACCUUGAAGUGUACACACUGUUUUAAAAACUCUGCCGAAAAAACAAAUCUUGGAUCUUCAUUUGAAAAAGGUUAAUAUUUUUAUAUCAACCUCAUGGCAGAUUUUUCCUUAUUUUGUACUUGUUGAAUUACCAGGAUUAUACAAUACACGGUUUUACUUAUAUUAUAUACAUUUAAUAUUUAAAAGAUAUUUGGACCAUAUUUCUUUACACAUGCAGCAUUUAUACCAUUUACUGUAGCCCUUUGUAAGCACUAUUGUAACCAAUUUUUGCUUUCCAGUUAAUUUUUACCUUUUGCAUUGACUGUUGCUUUAUGACCAAUUUUAUCUUCUUUGAAGAGUAUAUGUCUGGCUUCCUGAAGUAGUAUACUUCUCAAAGUUAGUUGAGUGAUCAUGUGUUAUUGCUUUAAAAAGCAUUUUUUUAUUUAGUUAAUUAUUGUUUUAUUAUACUUUGUUACAUUGUUAUAAUUAUUUGAUUAUUGUAAAGAAGAUUAUUAAACUGUUCCUUUCAUCAUCACCGUGUGCUUUUUAAAAAAUUGUAAAAACCGGUGAGAGCUUCAGUUUGCAGUGAAUUCGUUGUUAGCCAUUUAUUUGAUAUACAUUGAAGUUAUCAUUAUCAUUUCUCUCGUGAUAAUCUAGAUUCAACCUGUGCAUUUGUAGUUUUAGUAUAUGAAUAGGUAAUUCAGCAUUAAUCAUUUAUUGCAUAGGACUCUGGGGUAAUCAAACACAUAUUUCUGUCUCAUGUUAAUGUUUUGUAUGAAAAAACAUUCACCUAUAUUAUGUGACUGUUUCUCAUUUGUAUGUUAUUUUAUGUCAUUAGAAGUCAUUUGAAAUAAUGUGUAUUCAUUCCAAUUAAUGUUUCUUCAUAAAACAUAUGAAUGUAUGUGUUAAAGAGGUGUGAUUUAGGUUACUCAUAAAUAUUGCAUUGUAUUGUGACAGGCAUGCAUUAUUAUUGUCCCCUACCGGUGUCAGUCUGUCUGUCAGUCCGUCACACUUUUCUGGAUCCUGCGAUAACUUUAAAAGUUCUUCGUAUUUUUUCAUGAAACUUGAAACAAAGAUAGAUGGCAAUAUGGAGAUAAUGCACGUAAUUUCAUUUUGUUCCUACGUCAAAAAUUCUGGUUGCCAAGGCAACAAAUAAUAAAAUAAAAAUACUGACAAUGGUAGAGUUUCACCGGUAGGGGACCAUAUUGCUUGGCAAUCUCUUGUUUAUUAAUCUGUGACCAUAAUAAUAUUUCUCACAUUAACACAUAUGAGCAUCAUCGUGCGAAAAUGAGUCUUAAGCCACAUGCAGAGUAGCUCCAGUUUAGCCUGCCAUUCUCGCAAUCUAGUCGGGAGCUACCGCUAUAAAGUAGACAGGUUUUGUGGCCUCAUUACUGGACAGGGUAGCUCCUGACCAGUCUGUGCAGAAGGGCAGGUUGGCUUGGAGCUACACUCGCUGCAUGGGGCAUAAUACCCUUUUUCGCAUUACACAUGUCAUUUGAUCUUUAUUAGAUAAUAAUUGUUCAAUAAUUGUUACUGCCCAUAUGUAACUGUUUAAGAGUAUUAUUAAUUGUCAGACCAUUGUCAUGUAUGUUAAAUUUUACCCGUUAUUGAUCUCAUUCAUCAAGUUUCAUCACACAUACUAUAGUAAAGCCAUAUAGAUAUCCAUAUGAUCAUUGUUAAUAAAAACAUAUUUUCAUUUCUCUGGUUUCUAUUUGUGCUUGUGCAUUAUUGAAAAUAAAAAACUAGAAUUAGAAAAAAUCUUAACGAUACCUUAAUAUUAUUUGUUAUUUUACAUAACAUGUAUAUCUGUAUUGAUAGACGUACACUGUAUUAUGGACUGACAUCCAUUACAGAUGUUAUGACAUAAGUAUUUCUUUUUGCUGAAGAACUGGCUACUUGUUCUUGCUCAACAACAUCUUUCUAAUAAAGAUGUUAAAGUCAAAUCGCUGAACUUCUAUGACAUACUAACAAACUGUUGUUAAGUCUUUUUGCAAUAUGUUCUGUUGUAAAUUUUGUUCUUUGUUCUUUGUGGUGCAUUCUCUUGUUAAUUUUGUGUUCACAAGGUAAAUCAUAACUAUUUCAGGUGUUGUAAUAAAUUAACAAUGAUUACAGAUUUUUUAAAGUUAAAAUUGGUUACAGGAAAUGUAGUCCCUAUUGCUGUACAAGUUGGAGUCAUACAUGCAUGUACGAACCUUUUCUAUUUGUAUAAUAAGUACUUUCCAGAACAAUGGCUUUUGUCAUUACAAAAAGUCCUGUGAAUAUGUUCACAAAUAAAUUUUAUUUAUCCAUCUGUUCACUUGAAAAAUCAUGAUUAUUUGUGUGUAAUAAUAAUUAUUAUUAUUACAAUUAUGAUUCUGUUGCAAAAAAUUGUAUUGAUAUUUUUAUGCCCCUGGUAGGGUGGCAUAUAGCAUUUGAACUGUCCGUCCGUCCGAAAACUUUAACAUUGGCCAUAACUUUUGCAAUAUUGAAGAUAGCAAAUUGAUAUUUGGCAUGCAUGUGUAUCUCAUGGAGCUGCACAUUUUGAGUGGUGAAAGGUCAAGGCCUUCCUUCAAGGUCAAAAGUAAAAAAAUAGAAUCCGAGGGAAGUAAUAAGCUUAAAAAGGGAGAUAAUUUCUAAACCUGCCAAAUCUUGUAUUGAAAUUUUAUUUCAAAGCGGCGCGAUAUGGGGCAUUGUGUUUCUGACAAACACAUCUCUUGUUUAUUUUUACUACAAUGUGCAGGUUAUGAAACAUGUUCAGAGGAAACUGCUAAAUGUCCUUGUGUCUCUGUCACUUCCCACCUUUUAUUGAUUUUUCUUCAGAAUAGAAUUUUUAAAUGAUUUUAAAAGAUACCAUUAGAAUGGAAUUUGUCUUCCUGAAUUGACAUUGUGAAAUGUGCAGGCGGAUCAGGGACAGCACUAAAGACAUUUUCAUCUAGUACAUUUUUUCUAUGACAGGCUUAUUUUGGACAUGUUGCUUUAGUCCUGACCUGAUUAUGUUUGGCAUGAAUGAAAUUAGAAUAUGUGUGCUUGAUUUUUUUUAUUUUAGUUAAAAUUCAAAACAUUUUUGGAUACAUGUUCUUGAGAUAUAUUCAUAUGAAUUCAAGUUUAGGAGCAAUCAUUUAUGAUAUCUGUGUUAUGUUAUAUUCUUAUUAAGAAUCCUUUGUUAUAUUUGUUUUCACAUAGAGCUGGUAUAUAGUAAAUGUUGUAAGUGAUAUAUACUUAACGGAAAAUCUGCAGCACAUUUUCUGUAUGUUCCAAAUAAAUUGUCAAAGAGAU